ACUCACGUCAUCCUCUGAAAAUGUCUUUGAACCUCCACGUUGUAUUUACAUGGAGUGAGGGCCAAAGCCCCUGGCUCUGCAGAUGCAUAUGGGACCUCUUGUCACCUGCGCACUUCUGCUUAAUACUGAUCCAUAUAUAACGUGAGCCACGCGCUCUGGGGGCCAACUCACAGAGGACAGCAGGUGAACAGCAGCUAGAGUCCCAGCCCCGUGACCAGACAGACCAUGUCUCACAAAGCUGCACUUCUGGCUUUGCUCCUUGCCACCUUCUCAGCUGCUCAGGCUGAACAGGCGAGGAAUGGGUUCUGGGAUUACCUCAGCCAGCUGACUCAUGAGAAGGACAGCAUGGCACAUACCCAGAGCAUGAAGCUGGACCAAGAGAUCAAAAAAGUGAAAGAAAGUAUCCAAGAAGGAGUCAACUACAUGGGAAAUCUCCUCGAGAAACUGGCCCCACUCAACAGAGGACUUCAGCCCCGGUUCUACCAAGACUCCGACAGCCUGCGAAGGCUCAUCAGAAAGGAGCUGGAAGGCCUGAGGGUGAAACUUUCUCCUUAUGUGGAUGAGGUGCACCAGAAAAUCAGCAAGAACCUGGAAGUGCUUCGCUUCCAGAUGACCCCAUUCACCCAAGAUCUCCUGGACCAGGUCAUGCUGAAAGCUAGGGAGCUCCAGCAGCACCUCACCCCCACUGGAGACAUGAAGGCCCAGUUUCUGGAAGGCGUAGAUGAAGUUCAGAGGUUUGUGUCUCAGUAUGCCAAUAAAAUAGCCUUUCAUACUGACCAAGUGAAGGAGGUCUUCCAUCCGUAUGCUGCCAGACUGGUGACUGAGAUCCACCGCAACAUGGAAGAGCUCCAUAGAAACGUCAUCCCACACACCAAAGUCAGCCCGGAGAAACUCAAUCAGUACGUCCAGGAGCUCUCUGAGAAGCUGACCCAGAAUGCCAGGGAUCUCCACCAGAAGAUCCAGGGGAAUCUGAACCAUCUCAAGGAGCAGCUGCGCCUUUACCCCAGUGGCCUCAGGGAGCACAUUGCUGGCACUACUGUGGACCCUAACUGGGCUGUGGACCCCUACAUGGAGGGCCUGGCUCAGGAAGUGCAGCAGAGAAUCGAGGAGUUCAGAAGGGACACAUUCCUCCAGAUAGACAACUUCACCAGAACCAUUGACCGUGAGACAGAAGAAAUGAAGUUCAAACUGUCUCCACUGUCCUCAUACUCAGAGGAGUUUCAGGACAGCUCAGCACCUCUGGAGGAUUUGCAUGUCCGGCUUGACUCUCUGUGGAAGGAUAUUUCCCAGAGUUUAAAUGAGAAAAGCAGCGAUUUACAAUGAAAUCCUGUACCUGUGUAUAGAGAGGGGUGUGCAUGAGUGUGUGUGUGUGCUCGUGUGCAUGCUUAAAUCAUGCCAGUGGGAAAGAAAAACUGUCAAGAGGUCAUGUCCUACUCUACUGCACUGUUGGCUAAGGACACCUGUGGCCAUGACUUGGACAACUAUAACAAUAACAUGCCUUCAACAUGGCUCCUCGUGCCACAUCAGUACAGCUCUUUUGUCUAGCUGCAGUGCUAGUCCAGAGUUCUCAAAUCUGACAGGAGUUCAACCAGCCCCUCCCUCAUUGCCCAGCAGGCUCCUGCAGCUGAAAAAACACUGCAACCUGCUCUCUCUUAGAAAGAUAAAGCCACAAAGUCACCUUCUGUCAGAAGGAUACAAUUCUGUGACUCCAUAUUGAAUCAUGCCAUUUUACUAAAAUAAUUCUGCAAUCUAGCAUUGCUGCGGUCUUUUGAAAGCCAAAUGGUCAGAGUGCUUAUCUCAGUAGCAGGAAAGAGGGAAUAAGUACCAUACAUGUAAUUACCUAUAGCAGUGAUUCUCAAACUUCAGUGCAUCAUGACUCCCCUUCUGACAACAAAAAUUACUACCCAACCCUAGGAGAGGGGACCGAAGCCUGAGUGCGCCACCCCGGGCUGGGGGUGUGGGGAGCAAAGCUGAAGCCCAAGGACUUCUGCCCUGGGCAGGAGGCAUGUAACCUUAGCCUCCUGCCAAACUGGGGCUCGGGCUUCGGCUUUGGCCCUGACCCACAGUUUGAGAACCUCUGACCUAUAGCAUACACUAUAUAUAUAUGUAUAUAUAUUUAGAUAUAUGGCCCAGUUUUAUAAACCUUACUCACAUUGACUUCAGUGAGACUACUCAGAUGAGUAAGUAAUAGUCAAUGGGAGUAAAAGGUCCAGAAUCUGGUCCAUACGGUAUGUCUUUGGAUUAAUACAGAGUUGAAAUGUCGAAUUAUUUUUAAACUCUUGAAGCUGGACUUCUGAACUUUAACAAUCUUCUGUGUGUUACUAGAGUGAACAGUACACGCUGCUAGUGUACUGCCCCCUACUUAGGUUACUCUAAUGGGUUAACGCUUUCCUUGCACAUUCUGUGUAUAUAUAAAAUAUCCCUCUCUGUAGUCACAGCAUUUUUUAUGGAACAGUGGAUGGGAAUUCAGGUGUUUGGAUGUUGUAAGCCACAGCCACAACAGUAUUGAUAUGCCAUUUGCUAUACCAGUUUUAUGGUUUCUUCCCCUGCAAUUUAACUGACUGUCAAAUCUGCUUCAAUAAAGUUAUAUGUUGCUAGA